AUGGAUGAUUGUAUCCGAUUGUAUAUGCCGAAGUCUGAUCUCAGUUAUGAUGAAAGGGAGAACCUCUUGACCCAAGGAACGUCCAAUUUUUGCUAUAACUUGAUCUGGACCGGUGCUAAGAGCUCUUGCAUCUCUCUUUCCUCGCUGCCCACAAGCAUCAGGAAAUGGAGGCAGGCCUCUGAGCAGAGACCCGAGGGACUUUCCUCCGCAGACACACCUUUAGGUUCCCUUAUGGCUUGGGUACCUGUCCUAUUACCCUAUGCUAAAGCCCCAGGUUUACUACCAGCUCCACUACCCAGCGAAACCAGCAUCCUCGAAUCAACAACCGUAUUCCGGGACGAUGUCUCGCACCAUAGAGUGGUUGCGGUCGGAUCCCACUUCAUUGCCAAACAUGGAAAGGGGGUAAUUGAGCUAGAAGGCCAGGUGCUUCUCUUUCUUGAGCACCAUCUCAAAGCCUGCUCCCAGGUGCCAAAGCUCUAUGCGAUGUAUCGCAUACCAAGUACGGGCCAUAUGUGCCUGAUCAUGCAGCGUAUGCCCGGCGAGACCCUCGAUUCACUCUGGCCUGGCCUUAGCGAAUUUGAAAAAUCCGAGGUUUGCACGAAACUGAAAGAGCUAUUUACACUAAUCCGGGAUAUUCCAGCUCCUCCACUCUAUGGCAGCGUUGAUGGUAGUCGGUUUGACCAUUACUUAUUCUACAGCCGGGAACGUGAUCGGGAAAUUUGUGGUCCAUUCGACUCGGAAGAGCAAUUCAACGGAGCACUUGUGAAGCGCCUACGAUUUGAUUGGGCGCGAAUGGGGAGACAUAGUUUCAGGGCCGAUUUCUAUGAGAGGAAUCUUGGGAAGACAUUGGCAGGCCAUAGGCCUGUAUUCUCACAUUCCGACCUGCAAAGAAAAAACGUGGUGGUGCUUCGAGAUGCAUCACGAGGCUUCGAGGUCAGUCUGAUUGAUUUCGAAGAGGCAGGGUGGUUUCCCACUUAUUGGGAGUAUUUCACUGCCCUCCAAGGUGUUAGUUGGGACGACGAUUGGGCUGAGCAAAUCGAAAAAAUCCUGGAUCCUUGGAUCAACGAAGCAGUACUAAUGGCAAUGGUGCAUAAAGACCUGAUAUUUUGAAAACUAAUCCCCAGGCACAAUAUGAGCUUGCUCGAUUCAUAAAUGGUAUGAAAAGAAAUAGGAACAAGAACUAAAUGUACAGUGUCGUUAGAAAAAGCGGGUGGAUUUUCCGCUUUCAACAGCCUUCUCAUAUCACUUGAACUUGAUCAUACAGC